UGAGGUAAUCGGGGUAAACAGUAAAGAUGGCGAUGUCUGUGGAUGGAGAGGGACAGCCAAGUAUAAAUGGGACUAUUUCUGACCCCCAAACAAAAAAACUGACAGACCUGCCGACAGAGUUGCUCGAACACAUCCUGUGCUUCCCUGUCCUCAAACAUGUCGACAUUUGUAACGUCUCCUGCUGCUGCAAGCGGCUACACGACGUUUGCCAUGGAAGGGGGAAGGUCUGGGGACACCAGUAUAAACUCAGAUGGCCGAGACUGCAGAGGUUUUAUCGUCAGAACGAGUGCUGUGACUGGCUCAGAGAAUACAAAACACGCCACAGAGUUGGGAUACAAAUACGAAGGACCGUGGAAUCGAUCUCAAAGAGAUUCUUCACAGAAGUUAGAUCUGUAACGCAGCCUUGCGUUGGCCAGGUGCUGGGAGACAGCUUUGCAGAAAUUGAAUCACUUGGGAUGCCAGAGCACUUCUGUGAAGACGAGCUACUCUUCAUACUCAACUCUGACAAGAGGAAAAGUCUGACACUGAAGUACUAUGCAAAGAAAAUCCUUUACUUCCUGAGACAGCAGAACAUCCUGAAGAGUCUGAAGACUUUCCUGGAGCAGCCUGCAGAGCAGCAGUCAGCUCUAGAAGGUGCUGUGCUGGUUGAUCAGUAUUGUAACCCCCUGGCUGAUGUCACACUGGACAGCAUAUCAGCCCAGCUGGAUGAGAUCACAGAAAAAGUGAAGAAGAUGCUGAGAAUCAAGAAUCCAUCUCACCCCAGCCUGCGUAUUGCCCAAGGUAACUGUGGUGUUGUAGAAGACUUUGAGCUUCAGAGGCAGGUGAUCUGUGCCCUAAACUCUGUCCUGUAUGAGCAACUUCAAUACAAAGGCAAUGAGUGCGACUACUACAACCCCCUCAACUCUUACAUCCACCAGGUGCUACUACGCCGUACGGGCAUUCCCAUCAGCCUCUCUGUUCUCUACAUGACACUGGCCCAGAGGCUGGGUGUUCAGCUGGAACCUGUCAACUUUCCCAAUCACUUCCUGCUGCGCUGGUGCCAGAAACCGAGAGGGAGUGAGGACAUCUAUGACUUUGUCUACAUUGAUGCCUUUGGAAAAGGCAAGCAGCUCACAGCAAAGGAGUGCGAAUACCUCAUCGGCCACCAGGUUACGGCAGAUUACUACAGUGCCAUAAGCACCACAGAGGUGCUCCUUAGGAUGGUUGGAAACCUGCUGAACAUCGGCAAGAGAGGUGAGGGCAAUGAGAAAUCCUAUCAGCUACUGCGAGACUCUCUGGACCUCUACCUCACAAUCAACCCAGAUAAUGUGCAGUAUUUGCUGCUGCAGGCACGCCUCUACUUCCACCUGGGAAUCUGGCCGGAAAAGGUGCUUGACAUCCUGCAGCACAUUCAGGCGUUGGAUCCCUCCCAGCACGGGGCGGUGGGUUACCUGGUGCAGCAUACGCUGGAGCACAUCCAACACAAGAAACACCCUGUAACACCUGAGGUGAAGAGGCGCGGCGCUCCAGAACACCUGGAAGUCCAGUAUUCAGUCGGCCUUAUUAUGAAACACAAGAGGUCGGGGUAUAACUGUGUGAUCUAUGGCUGGGACCCUAAAUGUACAAUGAGCCAGGAGUGGAUCACCACCAUGAGGGUCCACCAGCUGUCCAAUGGGGCUAAUCAGCCUUUCUACAAUGUACUCGUGCAGGAUGGGACGUGCCGCUAUGCAGCACAGGAGAACCUGGAGCCUCACUCAGCCCCCCUGGAGAUUGGCCACCCAGAGGUGGGUCGCUACUUCUCCGAGUUUGCUGACACCUACUAUGUUGCCAAUGAAGAACUGCAGACACGAUACCCAGAGGACAUGGAUGAAACCCUGUGUACAGUCCGGGAGUUCUAUCAUAGACUGACGCCUGGUUCUGGGAACCAAGAGGAAGCUCCUGCCACGGACCAAAACCACCACCAAGCCAUGUCCAUGUAGCAAGUAGCACCGUCUGGCACUCUGCCAACCCAGGCUAAUGAUUACAGGUCACAAUUCACAGUCAACUUAGCUGGUGCUUUGUUGCAUAUAGUUGAGACCAGAGGGGUAUGCUACGAAGUCGGUUCAAGAAAGCCAGGCUUUCUUUGCCUUAGCUGGCUCGACAAACCCUAAAACCCCAGUUGGAGAUAACGGGUAUCAUGAGGGUGGUUAUCACGUUUCUCUGUUAAGCCGAGCGUUCUGCUUCAGGUUCUGCGUGCGCUUUCAUUUACAAAAAAAAAAGUUUCCUGUGACAUCUUUCUCUUCUUGCCUACAGAAUGAUCCAUGAGUGCUGCCUACUCCAAUCAUCAUUAUUAUCAUAUGAUGAUGAUAAAAUGGUGAUAAUCUGUUUAAAAAAAAAAAAGUCAUUUGGGGAUUUAGCACAGAGUGCUAAAAUAAACCUUUUAAUUCAAGUUGUUAUAUCGCUGAGUGCGCUUAUGGUGCUGCUGUUUUAUUUGCAACAUGAAACUUUAAACUGGAUACACUGAAACAUUAAAGCUUCCUAUCCCAUUGUCUAAUAAAGGAGACGAGGGACUCACCCGGCUGAUCGAAGUUAAAUCAGUUUGAUUGAUUGAUUGAUUGGUGUGUGUUCUAGCUGCUGCUAUUCCAGCAGUGUAAAAGAGACUUAAGUUUCCACGGUGAUUUAGUGACACAGAAACUCAGACUUUGAGCUCACUAAGCCAUUAAACCUGCUUCGUAGUACACCCCUCUGGACAUGUGGAACAGAGUUUUUGCUUUGGUGCUCCUCUCCUAAUAGCAGUGUAUUUGUUGUGAAAUCGAGGUUCAAACUGUCAGAUGAUGUGUGUUACUCAUUAGUGGGGAAGUAUUUCUCACCUCCAAACCCGGUCAGAGAACUGAGUUGAAAAAGGAAUCAAACUCUAAUGCAAAGUUAGAAACCACGAGGAAAACAUUUGGAGUAAACAGUUAUGUACAAUUCAGGAUGAGUAUCCAUGUGCUGCAAGUCCCCAUUGUCUAAAACCAAGGAAUGCUCCUUAACCCCCAUCUCCACACAUCCAGCACCAAAGCAUAUCUCCUAUAUCCCAGUUAUAGUGCCAUACAAAAUAACUUUGUAAACUGAUUUUUGCUUUUAAUUCCCCGCCUUUUAAUAGAGUUUCCAUCACUUCUGAAAGUCUGACUUUCUUGUUUUUUUUCCUGUACACUUACAAGUGAAGUAAGUAGGAUGCCAUGGCUCGUCAAUGUCUUUAAUGGGCAAACAAGUGGAACCAAUAAGGACACCAACUACUUGAAACAGAAAUGACUGUGAGUUUUAAGGAAUCAAAAACAAUAAAGAGUUCCAAGUUUUAA